GGUCAGUGUCUGGUCAUGUGCUGCUGAGCUCCGCUGCUCUCAGACUCAGCUGCAGUUCCUCAGGCUCUUCAGGUUCCUCAGUUCUUCGGGUUCUUCAGGUUCUCAGAAUGAAGAGGAGGCUUCUGCUGGUGUCCAACUCCACCCUGCACGGAGGAGGAUAUCUAGAACACUGUCAGCAGCAGAUCAAAGACUUCUUUGGACAGCAGGUGAAGAGGAUCCUGUUUGUUCCGUAUGCUCUGCAUGAUCGAGACGCCUACACCAAGACCGCCAGAGACAAACUCCAGACUUUAGGUUACGAGGUGGACAGUGUUCAUGAGGCUGCAGAUGCAGUGGAGGCUGUGAGGAAAGCUGAGGGCAUUUUCAUUGGUGGAGGGAACACCUUCCGCCUGCUAAAAACUCUCUACGACAACAACCUGGUAACUGAGAUCCGGAAGAGAGUUCUUCAGGAUGGAGUGCCGUACAUGGGGUCGAGUGCCGGCAGUAACGUGGCCACCAUCAGCAUCAACACCACCAACGACAUGCCCAUCGUUUACCCCCCCAGCUUCUCCGCCAUCGGCCUCGUCCCAUUCAACAUCAACCCUCACUACCUGGAUACGGACCCCAACAGCAGACACAUGGGGGAGACGCGAGAGCAGAGGAUUGUUCAGUAUCACGAGGAGCCCGACACGCCCAGUGUUCUGGGUCUGAGGGAGGGCUCCAUGCUGCUGGUUGAAGGAAAUAAAGCCACUCUGCUGGGCAGCACCAGAGCCAGACUGUUCCAAAGGGGGAAGAAGACGAGCGAAUAUGAGCCCGGCAGUGAUCUGAGCUUCUUAAUGUCAGAUGUACAAUAACACUCAUAGCAUCUUCUCUAUCUGAUGGAGGAUUUUUGGGUGCUUUGCCUUUUGCACAUGGAAAUAAUGAGUUUUAAACUAAAGGAGUUUAAUUAAAGUGA